UGUGUUUUUGUUUUGCUAAUUGCACUGACAUCAUUCCGCUUUCUUUGAGAAAUUUGCAAAUCAGAAUGGAAGCCCUUGACAUAUUGGAGAAAAGAAUAGAUUCGCUGAAUCGUGUGCUCGGUCCACUGCCGGAAUCAUAUGCUGGAGACGCCGACGGCAGCAGCACGGCAAAGACCGCGAAUAUUGUGGACACGCUGUGCUCUGCCAACGCCUUGUUGAGUGAAGCCACCACGGGCCGCACACAGCUGCAGCAGUGCGUGGGACGUGCAGCGGAGCUGGAGAAGUAUCUGGAUCCCAAUUUCUUGGAGGAACACCAACAGGUGCGCACCAAGGAGGUCUAUAUAAAUGCAGUUGCGCCCGAGCUAUACGCACAGAGUGAACAGCUGGAGCGCAUCAAGCAGCUGGAGCCGGCGCUGGGUGCGGAAUACUUUCGCAGCAUACCCAGCGAGUGCCUGGACAAGCUCAAACAGAUCACCGAUAACAACGGCGAAUACGCACAGCAAAGCGAACUGAUCGAGGAGAGUCUUAUAUUGGCCAUGAAGCGAUAUGGCGAGAUACAAGCGGGCCUGCUCAGCUCAUUGGACGCGAUGAACGAGCGCCUUGACCAGGUCGAGCAGCGCAUGGACCAACAGAAACGUGCCGACCUCACAAAGGAUGUGCCACCAAAGGACUGAGUGCUAAAAUUGCUGAAAGUAUUUAACCUUAGAAAUUGUUCCACUUGUCGCCUUUAAGAUUUUUAUUUUAUACGCUAGCACAAUACACGAAUCUAUUAACUAAAA